AUGGCUCCAGUAGCGAUUCCCCCCGUACCUCCCCCCUUCCCUGCUUUCGAUAACAUAUCCAAGUCGACCAAAGCUGGCGUGGAUUCGACCCUAUCCAAGACUGUGUCCAAUGAGUCUCCAGCAGUGGCAGAUCUCGACGCCUCGAAACUUACCUUCACACCAAAUUUGAAUCCCAAGAGUGUCCCAGCACCUAACUCGGCUGAAGUAUGGUCUCAAAACUAUACCACCGAUCAUAUGCUCACAGCUCGCUGGACCGAAAAGUCUGGUUGGGAUGCUCCUGAGAUUCGACCAUAUGGACCUCUUUCAAUCAUGCCAACAGCUUCCGUUCUGCAUUACGCCACUGAAUGCUUCGAGGGAAUGAAAGCUUACCGAGGGCUCGACGGCAAAGUACGAUUGUUCCGUCCUGAAAGAAACGCAAAGCGACUCCUUCAAUCCGCAGCUCGCAUCUCCCUCCCGGACUUUCCGCCCGAAGAGUUUUUGAAACUGUUGAAGAAGUUCGUCGGUAUCGAAGCUCCCAAAUGGAUCUCCGAACCCGGCCAAUUCAUCUACAUCCGUCCCACGAUGAUCGCCACUGCUCCAGCUUUAGGUGUGCAAAGUCCUCGUGAGGCUCUUCUCUACAUCAUGAUGGUCAUGUUUCCCCCACUCGAUGAGCCUUCAACAGUCCCUCCCAGUCGCGCUCCGGUCACCAAUAGUGCGCCGAAUGGCGCCCAGGGGGUGCAGAUGGGCCAGGAAGCGAAAGGGGCAGCUGGUAUGCGCCUUCUCGCAUCCCGUCAUGACAUGAUCCGAGCAUGGCCUGGCGGGUUCGGCAACGCCAAAGUUGGUGCAAACUACGGUCCCUCUCUCAUAGCGCAGGCAGAGGCCCGUGAGCGCGGAUACAACCAGAUCCUCUGGUUGUUCGGCGAUGAGUGCUUUGUCACCGAGGCCGGAGGCAGCAAUUUUUUCGUGCUGUGGCAGAAUGCGGCGGGCCGCAAGGAGCUCGUGACCGCUCCACUAGACGACGGUGUGAUCCUUGAGGGAGUGACGCGCGCCAGCGUCCUGGACCUCGUCCGAUCAACCAGGCCUGACAUCGACGUCGUGGAACGCAAGUUCACUAUGCACGAACUCGUCCAGGCAGACCGUGAAGGUAGACUCAUCGAGGCUUUCGGUGCCGGUACUGCUUUCUUCAUUGCCUCUUGUGCCGAUAUCCAUUUCCGGGGCGUUGAUAUCACGCUGCCCCUUGCCAAGGGCGUCCAUGCUGAGCUCGCCCUCGGUGUCAAGCAGACGUUGAAGGAUGUCAUGUACGGUCGUGUCCAGAGUGAGUGGGGUGUUAUCGUUGACGAGGAGAAGGCCUUUUAA